CAAAAAUCGAAAUACUCAGCAGAGGCGAUCAGCUGAGUUGGCAAAAGGGAGGAGAACAUAAAUGUGCUUUCUUUUUAACCGAUAGUCUUCCCUUAAAUAGCAUUGCACAAACUCAAACUGGUGCAGCUAACUGCAUCUUUUACCCCUGAAAUUUUACAUUGAAAAAUCAUUUGUGCCUGGGGUUUAAGCACUGUCUGCAGAUUCAGAUGUGCUGGGGAAAGCCAAGUCUUUCCAGACGAGGACAGAAAACUUCAAUAAGAUAAGUUGUAGAUGGGCUGUGAGUCAGCAAUGAAGACCGGAUUGCUGUCCAGCCAGUGGGGGGUACUGGUGAUGCUCCUCAGCCUCUGGCUGCCCCAGAGCUUAUCCCAGCAGACAACUUCUCCUUCCCCGCAGCAGAAGAACAAGCUCAAGUUCCGACUGGCUGGGUACCCCCGAAAGCACAAUGAGGGGCGCAUCGAGGUCUUCUACAAUGAGGAGUGGGGCACCUUCUGUGAUGACGACUUCUCAUUGGAGAAUGCACACGUUCUGUGCCGGCAUCUGGGCUUCAUCUCUGCCACGGGCUGGACACACAGUGCCAAGUAUGGCAAAGGAACAGGGAAGAUCUGGCUGGAUAAUGUUCAGUGCAGGGGCAGUGAGAAAAGCAUCACAGACUGUAAGUCUCAAGGUUGGGGGAACAGUGACUGUACUCAUGACGAAGACGCCGGGGUUGUCUGCAAGGAUGAGAGGCUUCCAGGAUUCGUGGAGUCCAAUGUUAUUGAGCAGGUGGAAGAAAACCGAGUGGAGGAGAUCAGGCUCAGGCCUGUGGUUUCCAGUGCUAAGAAGAGGAUGCCCAUCACUGAAGGCAUUGUGGAGGUCAAGUACAAGGACGGCUGGGCUCAGAUCUGCGAUGAUGGCUGGACUCCCAAAAACUCACAUGUCAUCUGUGGCAUGUUCGGAUUCCCACAGGAGCGAAAGGCCAACAAGAACUUCUACAAACGAAUAAAAAAGCGGGCCGCUAAGGCUAAAGCCAAGAUUAUUGGGUCCUUGAGCAGGGAGAAAUUCAAAUCUAAACCCAAACCUAAGUCUAAAUUGAAUGCGGUCUCUGGGUCAGACAAGAGGUUGUUCGCAGAAAGACAGCAAAACAACUACCAUCUUCACUCCGUGGCCUGCACUGGUAACGAGGUUCACUUGUCAGCGUGCCCCUUGCAGUUUUACCAGGCUAAUGCCACCAGGGCCUGUGAGGGGGGCAUGCCCGCUGUUGUCAGCUGUGUGCCAGGGCCACAGUUUUCCCCAGGCAACAGCCAAAAAAAGAAGACAAAAAGUACGUUCCGUGUACGAUUAAAAGGUGGCGCCAAGACCGGAGAGGGUCGUGUGGAGGUCCUGAAGGAGAACGAGUGGGGGACGGUUUGUGAUGACCGCUGGAACCUGCUGGCUGCCAGUGUGGUGUGCAGAGAGCUGGGGUUCGGCAGUGCUAAAGAGGCUCUGACUGGAGCGCGCAUGGGGCAAGGAAUGGGUCCUGUGCACAUGAAUGAGGUCCAGUGCUCCGGCCAAGAAAAAUCCAUCUGGAACUGCCAGUACAAAAACGUCACGACUGACGACUGUCAGCACGUCGAGGAUGCCUCUGUCAAGUGCAACACCCCAUACAUGGGAUACAAAAACUCGAUCCGUUUGAGUGGCGGGCGCAGUCGCUACGAGGGUCGAAUGGAGGUGAUGACAGGGGUAGAUGGCAAUGGGACUGAGCAGUGGGGGCUCAUUUGCGGAGAAGGUUGGGGCACCAAGGAGGCCAUGGUGGUCUGCCGCCAGCUGGGCCUCGGAUUCGCUAACCAAGGCUUGCAAGUCCGGAUUGUCGGAGGAAGAACUGCAUACGAAGGCAGAGUGGAAAUUAAGAAGGGUUCCAAGUGGGGCACUAUUUGCAGUGAAGGCUGGACUACUAAAGAGGCAAUGGUAGUGUGCCGUCAGCUAGGGCUCGGCUACUCUCUGCAUGCUAUCACAGAAACCUGGUACUGGGAUGGCAGCAAUGUGACAGAGAUGGUGAUGAGUGGAGUGAAGUGCACAGGAAAUGAAAUGUCACUCAGUUACUGCCAACACCAUGGGAGCAACAUCAACUGCAAAAAGACCGACACACGCUUCGCUGCAGGAGUCAUCUGUUCUGAAACUGCCUCUGACUUGGUCCUGAACGCCCCCUUGGUCCAGCAGACCGUCUACAUAGAGGACCGGCCGCUGCACAUGCUGUACUGCGCCGCUGAGGAGAACUGUCUGUCCAGCUCUGCUGCCAAGGCCAACUGGCCGUAUGGGCACCGGCGUCUGCUGAGAUUCUCCUCACAGAUCCACAACAUCGGCCGCGCAGACUUCCGCCCCAAGGCCGGCCGCCACUCCUGGCUGUGGCACGAAUGCCAUAGGCAUUAUCAUAGCAUGGACAUCUUCACCCACUACGACAUUCUGACUCUGAAUGGCUCCAAAGUGGCAGAAGGACACAAAGCCAGCUUCUGUCUAGAGGAUGUAGAAUGUGAGGAAGGAAUUGCAAAGAGAUACGAAUGUGCUAACUUUGGAGAGCAGGGCAUUACUGUGGGCUGCUGGGAUUUGUACCGUCAUGAUAUCGACUGUCAGUGGAUUGACAUCACAGACAUCAAACCAGGAAAUUACAUUUUCCAGGUUGUCAUUAACCCAAAUUUUGAGGUUGCAGAAAGUGACUUCACCAACAACGCUAUGAAAUGUAACUGUAAAUACGAUGGACAUCGGAUCUGGUUUCACAACUGCCAUAUUGGUGAUGCCUUCAGCGAAGAGGCUGAAAAGAGGUUCGAACAGUAUCCAGGACAGAACAACAAAAUUUCUUAACUUCCAGUGGAAAGAUGGAUGGAUACUCCAAUGUCACAGAAACGGCAGGCAUUUGUCCAACUGAAUUUGAAACUAUUGACGAAACACUUUCAAACCAGCCUAGUUGAACGUUACCUCAGAAUGGACAAUGCUGAAAAUAAAGCUGAAAUACAAUGACACACAAUAUUUGUACUAGGGUAUACAUUAAUACGUUGGUAUUAUAUCCAAAUUUAAAUUCUUUUGAAGGACUGUGUUAUCCAAUGCAGCACAUCUAUACAUACAGUAUAUACUUGAAUAUUUAGACUUUUCCUCAUUGAAAUAGACCUGUUUCUUUAUCAUGUACUAUCGGCAGCUUUGUAACUGCAAUAUAGUUUAAAAAGAAUACUUCAAUUUACUCGAGAAUGUGAUUAGCACUAACUUAUGUUUUGUUUCUUUUAUAAAUGCACAUCUAACACAUGAAGGAUCACAUGCUGUUGAUGAGUCUGAAUUGAAAUUAUAUAGUUAGUUUAAUCAGAUGAUUUAGAUGUAGGUGAAAUAAAAUCGGGCAUUCCUUGACAAAUGUAGCCAUAUUCCCUGUAAAGAAAUAUGACCCUUAAAAUAGGAUUCUCAUUGCCCUAGAAUAAAUUCCAAAAAGCAGGCUGUUUGCUUUAAUGUGUUUUAGAGGUGUCACGCCACAUUUAAUUGGGACUUAAAAAUGAACGAAAGUAGAUGUUCAUUGGAAAUAGAAGAGCAAACAUGUUAUAGUUGUGAGAAGGGUUUACUGUUGAAGGAAAAGUUCAAUCUGGCAUUAUUGACAAGUGGACCUUGCCUUUCCCUGCCUUGUGUCAAAACAGACAAAGAGGUUCUUGCCAGAUAGUAGAGGUAACAAAGGCAGAAGCAAGCAAAUGUUUCUUAAUUCAUGUGGAUAUUUGUCCACAUUGUAGUCAUGUGUUGUUGUUAGGUACAGUAUGCUAGCUAAUCAAUUUUCUAACUGUUAAGUCUUUUUUUGUUUGUUUAUUUUAUUUGCUAAUGUGUUAAAUCUCAUUUGAAAGCUGGGAUUUUUUCAAAUGUCUUUCUAGGAAUGGUACCAAUUUUUUUUUCCUAUCACAUUAAUUCCACACACACACACACACACUCAUAAAAACAGACUAAAGGGCCUCGUUGUAAACUAUUUAUUGUCCAUCAGUCACAGGUAGUAUUUAUGCGCACCAUAUUGUACAACUAUACUUUGUGCAACUGAAAAUGGGAGGGAAAUAAAAGUAAAACAAUGAA